AUCUUUGUGUCAUCAAACAUACAUGCAGUUGUGUUUUUGUUCAAUGCUUGUAAUCUUGUUUUUAAAAUGUUUUGAAUUUUUUAAAUAUAGGUUUUGUCUCAUUACACACUGAGAACAAAAAAAACCACCACUCUAACAGUGACAUAGAGGAUAUCUCAUCGGUUGUUUUUAUCCCAGAUGAUGUAGGUCUUAAAAUUGAAAACAAAUAUAAAAUAGGUUAACAGUAGUAAUGAGGUGCCUAUAGCAUUUAUGCUGUUGUGGAGUAUUUCGUCUUAGCUUUUCUGUUUGUGUAAAAGGAUUCUUCCUAAAAUGAUUGCAAAACAAAGUCCGGUUGGAUAUGGAAAUGAUUUUUAGCUGUAGAAGUUAAACUUCAUCUUACCUACCAUCUAUUUUCUCUGCCAGAAUUUGGUUGCAGGCUCCAUCCUCUAGCCUCUUUUAAUUCCAUAAGUCCCAUCAGAGAACAACUUCUUUCAUUUUGCUUUGGUUUAUAGGUGAAUGUGGGAAGUACCAAAGUAAUUUCCACCUUGCUUUCAGUUCAUGUGACUAAGUAGCUGAGAAUUAUAAUUGUAGAAAAGUUUUGCAAAGUGCUGGUUCAAACAGGUGUUAACACAAAUGAGGUAUUAGGAAAGAUAAUGUUGAAAUCAAGCAGCUAAUAUUUGUGUAUAUCUAUUUGUGUAUUAUAAGUAUCUUGUUGACCUGUAAUUAGAGGUUCACCUAGAAUGUAAGAUACUGAAUUUUUAAGUCCUGCAUAUUUUUUCUAUGAUGUAGAGAAGAUUAGCUUAAGUCCCAGUCUUUCUAUGAGCUUUGCACCAGAGAAAUUUUCUUCUGUUCCAAAUCAUACUCUGAUAUUCUAUUGGCAUAGUUCUUAAUAAGUACCCAUUUUUAGUUCUGAAUUUGUUCACCUCUUGUACAUGCAAAAUAAACCAGGUUUGCUUCUCACCCAAACGUACUGUUUUAUGAAUGGGUAACACUGACUUAAAUAGCCAUUUUCAACUAAUAGAUUAAUGCUGAUCUACUUUUCUCACUGUUUAAUAAAAGCUGGGCAGAUGUGGAUAAUCCAGCAAAUCUAGCUAGAGUCUUCUCUUACAAGUGACUGGAGUAAUGAACAUGUGUCCAAAGAUCAUAUUGUUUCACUUUGCCUUUUAUGAAGUUAUGUUCUUUUAGAGAAAGUUUAUGUUCCGUAGAAAUUGGGAAAGAUUCUGAUUAUCAGAGCAGAGUGAUUUUUGGAGCUGUGAAUGUGUCUGUCUUCUGCAGAUACCAUAAACAUGAGGUAUUUUCUUGAUUUGCUUAGACAGGAAUAUAUCAAUAGCUGGUGUAAGCUUGAGUUCACAUUUAGGUCCCCAACUACCAGCCAUUCGUACUGCUACUCUACGUUUGGGCUGUGAUGGCAUUCUUGCUAAAUGUAAAAAAGACGCUGCCGAAUUGUAGGAUCUGAAAUGAAAGCUUUUAUUACCUCCUUUCUUGCUUUUCUGUACCCAAGAUAUUAUAGCAAAAUGGUGCUGUGGGCACCAUUUUCAGGAAAGCCACCAGCAGAAUUCCACAUUUCUUCUUUUGCCUUUUUUCAGUUUUGCUUACGCUGCUGGCUGCGUUAUUUAGCCCUUUAUGUAACCUUCUCCUGCCCUGUGCUUGCAUUCACCUGCAGAAUUAGUGAUUGCUGUACGAGCAAGACUUUCAAAUACUCUGCUUUAGAGUACACCAUGUUCUCAUGCACACGUAGCAGUUUGCGAUGGAUGGCCCCCUCAAUCACUGCUAGAAAAUCACUCACACCUCUAAUGUAAUUUUGUAGAGCAUAAGCAUGAGUUAUAUGUCAUAUGGAUUCAAUGCAGACAGGAUUAAGCAUGUGAAAACAAAAUACUACAUAGUAGUAAAGUGACAAAAAGCAGCCAAGAAGGGCUCAGCACUUAUUGUAGGGAGCCUGAGAGAUGUCUGUUGUUACUCCUAAUGUUUAGUGUUUGUGAUUCAGCUCUUCAACUUGCUCUAAGAGCGAAAAAAAGAAAAAAGGAAACUUGACCUUGACCUCAAGAGUACAGCUCGACCCCAUUGCUACUGGAAGAAUCAUGGAACUGCUUUUCCCGUUCCCAUAAUACCUUCCACAUGAUCCCACAGCAAUAGGGGGCUUAGCCUAGUAAGUGCCACACAUAAUUUUUAUUCUUUUAGGAAAAAAAUGGGGCACAGACUUCCUGGUAGGCAGGCAGUGAGUGAAGUCGGGUGGAAUUUGCCUUCACUUGGUUAUAAUCAGCUUUGUCCCUUUGUUGAUGCCACCUCAGCCAUAUGCUGUUGCCAUCUUCUCAUCCUGCCACUUAUUGUCAUUAAGCUCAGCAGGAAAAAUAAACCGAGGCUACAAUAACAUAUGGAAGUGUCUUGGCAAGAUUUGGCUGGUUGUUUGAAGUGUUUUUCCUUUUCCUGUGGUUAGGAGAUGAAGUCAGAACUAUAUGUUGGUUUGUAUAUAGGGAACAUUAUUUUUAGACUAGCAGCAGGUCUUAGCCUCUGCACAUAAUCCUCUCAGACAGAGCCACAUGAGGCAUCAGGGUUUGCAUGAAGUGUCUGUGGAACUCAGAGUCAUUGCUGUUGAGUAUAACUUGAGUUUUGGAAGUGUGGACGCUCAAAGCACUGAAUUGUGUGAUAGUGUAAAGCUCAAUGACUCAUGUUCAUCUGUGUCAACUGUUUCAGGCAUGGCAGGUUUGUGAUAAAUGCUUUUUAUAAAACCAGAUCUCUACUUAUUUAAUUCUUAGCGCAUUGGUGCUCUGUGUCAAGCGAGGGAGAUACGAGGCUGUGCUAUUAAUUGUGGCCGGAGUGCCACUGAGUUUGGAGUGUGCAUGUAUUGCAAACAGGAAUUUCUGCAUGUUCUCAGCAGCCAGGGACAGUGCAUGUAGAGGGAAUCUUGGUACAUUUAAAGGUUAGCAGGGCCCAUUCUGAAAAACACCAGCUGAACUGUGUGUGUUUGGUGCUGCCAGUGAGAAGGUUUGCCUAGGAUGUCAUCCCUCAGCUAUACAUAGCAAACUCAAAGCUCCUUACAGAGAAACCUCUUACCAGUCACUUUCCACAAAUGGUGCAUAUACCUAAAGGUACUUAGUGAAAAUCCUUGAGAGGUAUUUAAUGCAAAAGCAGUUAGUCUCUCUGGUGUUUUUCAGAAGCCCACACACACCACUAGCAGGGAGAAGUGCAGGGCAGCUACUGUACAGCAUCUGGACCAGUUACUCGUUGUGUCUCAACCAGGCUCUGCCACGCCAAGAUGUGUGACAUGGGGGGGCUUGACAACCUGAUUGCCAACACAGCCUAUCUACAGGCAAGGAAGAGUGGAGAUGGAGACACCAAGGAGAUGCAAAAGAGACGUAAGAGCCUCUCAUUGCCCAAGAUUGAUCAAUGCAGAGAGGUUAGAGAGUCUGUUGUCGCUGAUUAUGACAGCAUCUGUGAGCAGCAGCCCAUUGGCAAGAAAUUCUUCAGAGACUUCUUAGAGACAGUGCCAGAACAUUUGGUAGCUAGGGACUUCCUGGAUGAGGUGUCAAACUGGGAGUUGGCAGAGGACAAUGUCAAGAGCAGUACCAUGGAGAAUAUGAUCAGAAAUUUUCUUAAGGCAGGCUCCAAAAACUAUCUGGCUUUCAUGAGCUCUGACUUGGCCAGCAAAUGCCAGGAAGCUACUGCAAAAGACUAUGAGAAUGUCAUGCAGCUGGCCAAGGAGGAAACCAAACUCUUCCUUAAAGGCAAGCCCUUCCAGGACUUCCAGACCAGCCCUUUCUAUGACAAAUUCCUCCAAUGGAAAGUUUUUGAGAAGCAGCCGGUAACUGAGAAAUACUUCUAUGAGUUCCGAGUGCUGGGGAAAGGUGGCUUCGGAGAGGUUUGUGCCAUCCAGGUGAAAAAUACUGGCAAGAUGUAUGCCUGCAAGAAACUGGAUAAGAAAAGGUUGAAAAAGAAAGGUGGAGAGAAGAUGGCACUACUGGAGAAAGAGAUCCUGGAGAAGGUCAACAGCCCUUUCAUAGUCACGCUAGCUUAUGCCUAUGAGAGCAAAAGCCAUCUGUGUCUUGUCAUGAGCCUCAUGAAUGGAGGGGAUCUGAAGUAUCACAUCUACAAUGUGGGAGAAAGGGGUUUGGAAAUGAACAGGGUCAUCUAUUACUCAGCUCAGAUCACCUGUGGGAUUCUGCAUCUCCAUUCCAUCAAGAUUGUGUACCGGGACAUGAAACCAGAAAAUGUCCUACUGGAUGAUAACGGUAAUUGCAGACUGUCUGAUCUUGGAUUGGCAGUGCAAGUCAAAGAGGGAAAGAGCAUCACGCAGAGGGCUGGGACAAAUGGUUAUAUGGCUCCAGAAAUCCUGAACGAAGAAAAUUACAGCUAUCCUGUGGACUGGUUUGCUAUGGGGUGCAGUAUUUAUGAGAUGGUUGCUGGGCGAACACCAUUCAAGGAUUUCAAAGAAAAGGUCGGUAAGGAUGAGGUUAAAAGAAGAACUCUGGAAGAUGAGGUGAAAUUUGAACAUGCCAACUUUACAGAGGAAGUGAAAGAUAUUUGCCGACUGUUUUUGGCUAAGAAAACAGAGAAUCGUUUAGGAAGCAGAAAUGAAGAUGAUGACCCAAGAAAACAUAAUUUCUUCAAAGCAAUAAAUUUCCACAGGCUAGAGGCAAACCUUAUUGACCCUCCAUUUGUGCCAGACCCAUCAGUUGUCUAUGCCAAAGAUAUUGCAGACAUUGCUGACUUCUCUGAAAUACGAGGAAUUGAGUUUGAUGACAAAGAUAAGAAGUUCUUCAAAAAGUUUGCAACAGGUGCUGUCCCUAUACCCUGGCAGGAAGAAAUUAUUGAAACAGGACUGUUUGAAGAACUGAAUGAUCCUAACAGAGUAGAUUCCGGGGGAUACGCAAAUGGAGGUGAAGCUAAGUCAGGUGUUUGUUUGUUGUUGUAAAUAUUACAUCAUUAACAAAAAGAAUAGAAACCACCUCAGAACUUUCCAUAUUCUGACACUGUUUCAGAAACUCAGUGCAUCUGUUUAAGAAGAACAAAUCAGUGUAAUAUGACAUUGACAGGCUAUGUAGUACCACCAGCUGUAUAGACUGUAUUAUUUUCCUUUGUUCUAGCAAAGGAGAUCAUAUUUUUGUUUUAUUGGAGGUUUAUCAAGAUGAAGAACCAUAUUUCUCUAAGAAACUUAGAAUGAUAGAAAUGCUAAAAUACAAAAAACAAUAAUAGAGUGAAGAGGCAACGCCUUUUGAAAAUGACUAUUAUUUUGAAUACAAUAAUUUGUUGGUUUUCUUUCUAUUUUCUUGUUAUUUCUACUAACAUUUCCUCUUUGUUCUACAGUUUUCAGGAAAGAUUUUUUAAUUUUCAAGUAAUAUUCUCAGUUAGACAAUGGAGCUCAUAUACCAUGUCAAACUGGGAAUCUUAUUGGUUAGCCAGUCUGUCUGUUUUCUUAAUUUCUGUUAGUUUUUGGAUGGUUUGAUUGUAGCAUGUUCAAAUUGUCAUAAAAUGUAAAAGGCUCUACAGAUCACUAGGAAAUAGGACCGACAGGAUCAAACUCUUUUCAAAGUUCAUUUUAACAAAGAUAAGAUUGCAUCAAUUUAAUUGAAUAAAGCAUUUAUAUAUUAUUA